CGUCUCGGCUCCGGGGGGCUCUUCCUGCUGGCGGCCCUGAGGCGAAGGAGGCUGGAUGUCUCGGGUGGGGUCGGAGCCCCUCAGUUUGGCGUCGUCUCCGCGCAGGUUCCUCCGCGCCUGGCCCUCGGCAGGCACUGAGGAGCUGCUGCGGCGCCGCCGUGUCACGGCUCUUGUUUGUUGAUGACAACAUACACCAAGCUGUGAGAGGAGACCAAAAACCCAAGUGGUGAUUUUUAGUGAAGUGAUCACUAUGAAGGCCUUGUAUUGUCAGCAGAAUUCACCUGGAGAGGAAAUGACAUUUGUCUUCCAGGAAAGAGAAGACCUUCCUCCUACGAGAGACAAUGAUGUGAAAGUACAAGUUAGAGCCUGUGCACUGAGCUGGAUAGAUACAAAGCUUCUGUCAGAAAUUAAACUGGAGAAGGAGCUUCUACCUGUUGGUCGAGAAAUUUCUGGAGUUGUAUUGGAAGGUAAGUUAAUAAAGGUGACCUUCUUUCAGCCGGGUGAUGAAGUGGUGGGAAUUUUGCCCCUGGAUUCUGAAGAGUCAGGUCUUUGUGAAGUUAUUCUAGUUCAUGAGCAUUAUUUGGUUCGUAAACCAGAAAAAGUUUGUUGGGUUGAAGCAGCCGGGACUGUUCGUGAUGGUGUCCGAGCAUACACAGCUUUACACUACCUUUCCCAAGUCUCUCCUGGAAAAACUGUCCUUGUAAUGGAUGGAGCAAGUCCUUUUGGUACAAUAGCUAUUCAAUUAGCACAACAUAGAGGAGCUAAAGUAAUCUCUACUGCAUACAGUCUUGAAGAUAAGCAAUACCUGGAGAGGCUUAGACCUCCUGUGGAAGGUAUACGGCAGCCUUUAGUGGCUCGGGUGAUAGAUGUGUCAAAUGGGAAGACAGAUGCGGCAGAAAGCUGCUUGGAAGAAACUGGGGGCCUGGGAGUGGAUAUUGUUUUAGAUGCUGGAGUGAAAUUAUAUAGUGCUGAAGAUGAAUCAACUUCAAAAUCACAGUUUCUGCCUCAUAAGCAUGAUAUCAUUACCCUUCUUGGUGUUGGGGGACACUGGAUAACAACAGAAAAAAAUCUUCAGCUGGAUCCUCCAGAUAGCCGUUCCUUGUUUCUUAAAGGAGCCACAGUCUCCUUUCUGAAUGAUGAGAUAUGGAACUUGUCCAAUAUACAGCAAGGGAAGUAUCUCUCCAUCUUAGAAGAUGUCAUGGAGAAAUUAUCAAGUAGCAUUUUCAGGCCUCAACUGGAUGAACCGAUCCCAUUGUAUGAAGCCAAGGUUUCUAUGGAAAUAGUUCAGAAGAAUCAAGCAAGAAAAAGACAAGUCAUCCAGUUCUGACACAAAAUUUUCUGAUUUCUAAGCCUGUGGAAGACAAAGAAACGUAAUGUAUUUGAAAAGUAAAUUAGUGUACAUUUUCAAAUAGUUCUGUAACCAGAAUUUAAAGAUCUUUGUACCUCAACACAAAUGGUUUCUGAAGCUCCGGUGACUUCAGGGUUGGGGUUUUUUUGAUCCACUUGAGCAGAAUGUUCCCAUCAGCAACUUCUUUAGAAGCAGUCUUGACUUAGAAAUUUUGUCUGCCCUGCCUCAAUUAACAAAUGUCAGUAGCAUCUACAGGCAAACUCAGUUGCUGUUGUUUUUCAACUGUAAGAAAUUAAAGGAAAAAAAAUAA